AUGCAUCACAGGCGAUCUCUUAGUACAGGACUCUCCAAUGCCACUAAGAUAAACCAGCAGCCUCCUCGGCUUCUCAUUGUGCACAUCCCUUUACCAUCCUGGGCUGACAUCUGCUCCAACCUUUGUGAGGCUCUACAGAACUUUUUCUCUCUAGCCUGCAGUUUGAUGGGCCCCAACCGCAUGUCUCUGUUCAGCUUAUACAUGGUACAAAAUCAACAUGAGUGUAUCCUCCCUUUUGUGCAAGUGAAGGGGAAUUUUGUUAGGUUGCAAGCCUGCAUCUCAGAGCUCCGAAUGCUGCAGAGGGAAGGUUAUUUCAGACCACAAAGCACUUCUCUGAAGUUGGCAGUAGAGGAUGGGCUACAGCAGUUCAAACAAUACAGCAGACAUGUGACAGGUGCCACUCUGCCUUACACUUUCCUGGAGAUUACUGUCCUGACUUCCCAUCCUGGAAAAGAAGUGGUCAAACAAUUAGAGGAAGGAUUGAAAGAUAUCGACCUAGGCAGGGUCAGAAGGCUUCAGGUUGUUGGGGUCACAAAGGGAAUCCUAGAGCAAAUAGACUCCGAGUCUCCUGAAGAGGCUGGAAGUGAUGAGAAUUUCAUCCUGGGAACUGACAUUGACCUUCAGACUAUAGACAAUGAUGUUGUCGACAUGGAGAUUUUCUUCAAAGCCUGGCUACAUAAUAGUGAAACAGACCAAGAACACAUCCACCUUCUUCUUCCUUCACAGACUUUCGGCAAUAUUUCUAGAGCUGGCGAUAAUCCAAUGUGCCUGAAAUGUGAUCUCCAAGAGCGGCUUCUCAGCCCGUCCCUGCUGCCCGGUACUGCUGAUGGCACCUUGAGAAUGGAUGACCCCAAAGGAGAAAUUAGUACACUCCACCAGAUGGCUUCCCAGUCAUCAUCCUCUCACUAUAAGCUCCAAGUGAUCAAGGCUCUAAAAUCUAGCGGGCUCUGUGAGUCACUGACGUAUGGACUCCCCUUCAUCCUCAAACCCACGAGCUGUUGGCAGCUGGACUGGGAUGAGCUGGAGACAAAUCAGCAGCAUUUUCAUGCUCUGUGUCAUAGCCUAUUGAAAAGAGAAUGGCUGUUGCUGGCCAAAGGUGAACCUUUAAGCCCAGGACACAGCCAGAGAGUUCUUGCCAGCACCUUCUAUGUGAUUGUGCCAUCAUGCUCCCUCACGCUGCUGCUGAAAGCAGUAGCCACACGGGAACUGCUGCUGCCCAACGUCUUUCCUCUGCUGCCUGAGGCCCCUCCUGAAGACAGCCUUAAGAUUGUGGAGAGCACGCUGGACAGCCUGGAGCUGGAGCCCACCUACAAUCCCCUGCAUGUUAAAAGUCACCUGUACUCAUACCUGAGCAGUACUUUUGCCAAGCCUCAGGGGCGGCUUUUCACAGGCUGGGAGACCCGGACUCCACGAAAGGCUGGGCAAUCACAGACCAACCGAGUUCGAGCAACAGUGGUUCCUCUGCCAGUGACCCCAGCCCCAUGUGGAGCAUCGAAGAUACAAGCAGCCAGAAAGGAUUCCUCAGAAACUUUCCUGCCUUCUCAGCCAGAGGAAGAGUAUUCUUCCCAACCCUAAGUCAUUUAUGCCAAAGCACAGCAGCCCUGCUCCCCACGCCCCUGCUCCCCCACAUCCAUGCCAAGGCUUAAA